AUGGCACUACCUAAAGAUCAAUGGGAGUCAAUUUAUGAUUCUGUUAACUCUCGAGUUUAUAAAAGGUCAGAUCGUGAAUAUCAAACUCUGAAACCUUACGAAUGGUCUCCGGUGAUACAUAACUAUUUUAAUGCUUUGACUAAACUUCCAUGUUCCAUAAGUUAUAAGAACGCCAAAGUGUGUCCAAAUGGUGAGAUUUCCCUUAAAAUAUAUGAAAAAUGCACUGUAUGCUUAAGUAACUUCCAAUUAGUACUCAUUGAUCAACCACUAUGUACUGAUAUUGUAACCAUAGAUUGUACUUAUGAAGGUGGUUUUAGACAUUGCAAAAGUUCUAAUAAAAGAAAAUUAAUAGGAAACAAACGGGAACAAUUAAAAAAAAAAAAAAUAAACGAAAAUCAAUCCCCUGCUUAUGUACAACGUGUCGAAGCAAUGGGUGUAAUGGAAUACGGAGAUAAAGAACCCAGUCACUUGCCAUCUACGAAUGCCCUUCGAAUUCUUAAGCAUAAGGCAUUGAAGGAUGAACAAAUUAAUUCUGACCCAGUUAUCGCACUGUCAAUAUUAAAAGGAUCUUCACCAUAUAACAAUAUAAUUAGAGAUAUAUCAUAUGAUAAAUUCUAUGUACAUUAUUGGGCCUCCACAGAAAUUAACUUUUAUCGUCUUUACGCAAUAAAUACAGACGUCCCCAGAGUAUCAAUCGAUGCUACAGGAGGUUUAGUGAGAAAAGACCAAAAUUGA